AUGCGACGACGUGUGGGGACUGCCGGAUUGGUGCAGAGGCUGUGGACCGUGUCUGCUCAAACUGGAGAUGACUUCACUUAUUCAUCCGCCAUGCUUGGCGGGGGUGGAGUGCUGCUGUCUCCACCGCAGCUGAUACCGUCAACGUCGUCUUAUUCUGUUGAGCAGUGGAAAUGUGGGGAUAUAUUGGCGUUUAUUGUGUUUCUCCGAAUCAACGUAUUCCGUUCGGCCGAUCAGAUUGCACCUCUCAAAAAUGGGCUAGACGAACCAACUUCAGCACGAAAAAGAUCUCAUUGUGGUUCGAUUGGUGCAAUCGGAUUAGCUAGACGAAACGAAUUCGGCCCAUUCAACCCCUCAACCAACGACAUGACACAGGUCAUCUUGAACAUUUUAUCCCCGAUCGCCGCCACCAUCUUCUCUUCAUCGUCCGCCUCCUCCUUCACUGGUCCUUCAAUAUCCCUCUUUGUCCCUUCCUGUGCUUUCAUGCACUGCACGUCUCAGGCUUCAAGUGCUGGACCUCUAAUUCGACUCCUCUCAACCCUAAGCCAAUGCCUUCUGCCAGUCCUUCAACUUCACCUCCGCGGCAGCUCACUUAGCCUCCGCCUCUUCAACCACAACCAACACUGCUGUGGUGGGGGCCAGACAAUAACGACUCCGGCGGCGGCGGUGACGACAACUUGUUCUCCAUGUCCGCUGUAA